AUGCACAGUAAUGUUUAGCCAGAAUAUCGUCUAAUAUCUAAAAAAGGAGAAGGAACUUUUUCAGAAGUUUUAAAAGCACAAAGUAUUAAAACUGGCAAAUAUGUUGCCAUCAAAUGCAUGAAAAAUCAUUUUAACAGUCUUGAACAAGUCAACAAUUUAAGAGAAAUUCAAGCUUUAAGACGCUUGUCUCCGCAUCCUCAUAUAGUAAAACUUCUUGAAAUUCUUUCUCCUCACCCUAAUUUAUUUUUUUUUAUAAUAAUUAUUUUUAAUAAUAUUUAUCCUUAAUUUUCAUUAAAAAGUUAGUAAUUUCUAACUAGUGAUGAGCCAACAGGAAGACUUGGCCUUGUUUUUGAAUUAAUGGACCUGAAUCUUUAUGAGUGGAUUCGUGGACGACGACAUUAUAUCCCAGAAAACAAAAUUAAAUACCAUAUGUAUCAACUACUAAAGUCUAUUGAUCACAUGCAUCGUAAUGGCAUAUUCCACAGAGAUAUCAAGCCAGAAAAUGUACUUUUAAUUGACGAUGUGCUGAAACUUGCAGAUUUUGGCUCCUGCAGAGGAAUCUAUAGCAAGCAGCCUUAUACAGAAUAUAUAAGCACCAGAUGGUACAGGCCUCCAGAAUGCUUGCUAACUGAUGGCUACUACAAUUUCAAAAUGGAUAUCUGGGGUGUGGGCUGCGUUUUCUUUGAAGUUUUAGCUUUAUUUCCUUUGUUCCCAGGGAACAAUGAGAUGGACCAAAUAGAUAAAAUCCAUAAGAUCCUUGGAGUGCCUCCAGCAGAACUAAUCUCUGAUUUCCAAAGCAAAGCAAAAGAAAUUGAUUUUAGUUUUCCUCAUCGCGAGGGUACUGGAAUUGAUAUAUUUUUUCUAUUAAAUUGACCAAAAUUAUUUUUUUUUUUUAAAAUUUAAAAUUUCAAUUAAAAAAGAAUAAAUUAAUACCCCAAGUAACUCCAUUGGCAAAAGAUUUAAUUUCAAAACUAUUGACUUAUAGUGCAGAAGAGAGGAUUUCAGCUCGGCAAGCACUGAAGCACCCAUAUUUUAAGGAUAUAAGAGAGCAAGAACAGCCUUCAAGAGUAACAAUAUCUCCAGCAAGCUUAAGAACUCCUGAAGGUGACAGUGCUGCAGGAGACGGGACUGAAAAUUCAGAUGGCCCAAUUUUGCCACCACUAAAAGGGCCUGUUGUAGCUUUGCCAAAAAUAAAGAAAAAAUCUGAGGUAAAAUUGAAAAACCAAAACUCAAUUAAAAGCAUAUCAAUUGACCAAAAAGUCAGCCCAUUCAAUAAGAAGCCAAUAGAAGUAAAAAAGAAUUAUGUGUCGCCAUACAGAAAAGGCAUAUAUAAAGGCGGUGUUUAUUAA